CGUAGGCUGGCUGGUCACAGCUGUACCAGCAGCACCACCAGCAAUAAUCGAAAAUUAAUUUUAUCAAACUCAGAAGCAAAUAUGUCCGCACGUCCGAUUUUAUAUUAUGCGCUUUUCAGUCCCCCCUCCAGAGCUGCACUGCUAACAUCGAAAUUAAUUGGACUAAAUGUUGAAUUGAAGCCUAUCAACUUUGCAGCACAAGAACACCGCAGUGAUUGGUUUUUGAAGGUCAAUCCACGCCACACCGUACCUGUGCUAGUCGAUCAAGGCGUUUCGCUGUGCGACAGUCAUGCCAUCAUCACAUAUAUGGUCAAUCAAUAUGGCCAGAGUCAACAUGAGCAUUUAUAUCCUAAAGAUUUUCUUCAACGUGCCAUAAUUGACGAGCGACUCUACUAUGAAAAUGGUAUACUUUUUCAAGUCAUAAAAGAUUUUGUGGCGCGCAUAAUGUAUGGUGGCGAAAUUUCUUAUCAUCGUAAAAGUAUUGAGCUAUCGCAUAAUGCCUACACUUUUCUUGAGGAAUUUCUAGCGAGAAACAUCUACGUCACAGGCGAACAUUUGACCCUAGCCGAUAUUUCUAUAAAUACUACAUUAAUUACUUUGCACAAAUUAGUGACGGUGGAAGAGAGACGGUAUCCGAAAAUUUGCGCUUGGAUGCAGCGGUUGCGAGAGGAAUUACCCGAAUAUGAAGAGCUCAAUGAAAAAGGCGCACAACAACUUUAUUUACGCUUCCAAAACUCUUUGGAGGAUAAUAUGACGAAACAUGCGUAACGAAGCGCUCGAGUCAGGGGCAUUAGUAUGUUACUGAGCUCAUUUUUAGUUUGUUUUUUUUAAUAGUACCUCGUAAUGGCAACUGGAGUAGGUGAAAAUACAUGUGUUCGUAAUGUC